AUGAUCUAUGGGGCAGAUGAAUAUGAUUUAGCAGGGUUCACCUUCAGUCCAUUCACUAUUCGAACUGCUAGUGAUGAUGAAGCUUCAGUUACAAAGGGGCAACUAAAAGCUAUUCACAAAAAGCUUGACUCUCUGCUUCAGGCUUCCAAACCUUCUUCUUUUGAUGAGUACUCCCAAACCUUAAUAAAUUCCAUCCUUGAAACCCUCACCAAGGAGCAUUCAUCUAAUCUUGAAAAGAUGAACAAAGCUGUGGAUGCCUCUGCCUCCGUCUGCAACGAAACAUCCGAAAAAGUCGAUAAACUAAGUUCUGAUGCCACUUCAUUUCUGAACAACUUCUAUUCUUCUUUUGAGACCAAUACAGUGAGAGCUAAUGAAGCAAUUGCAAAUCUUGGCUCGUCUCUUAAGGCUGAACGAGCAAAACUACAAGAACUCAGAACAAGGAUUACCUCUGAUCACAAAGAAUUCAAAUCCUCAAUUUACUCACAAAUCUCCAAACUUUAG